AUGCGAGAAGGCAGUGUGCGAGCGCCGCUACGAAGCAAGUUUAUAUCGCAGCAGCUGGAUGAUGGACAUUGGGUGUCUGCGUAUGCGCCGAGUGAGCUGGUACGCGUACGUGGACACAGGCCAUACCAUAACUGGGGAGACCGUGCACCGUGGCCGACGAGCUACACGUUACAGGCGAUUGAAAUGGAUCAAAUGUGGCACAGUACACUGAAGAGCUACAGAGAAGGUUCGAAUAUAAUGAGGUUUCCGGUACAUAGCGCGCACACACACAACGCACAGCCAUUCCGCGUUCUCGAUAUCGGCUGCGGGACUGGUACUUGGUGCCUGGAAAUGUCGCAGACGUGGAAACACGCAGAAUUCUGGGGCAUGGAUCUCGCUCCGAUACAGCCAAAUCCGGCUUACCUGAGCCAGGACGAUAGCCUCCCCCAUCGCGUUAACUGGCUAAUUGCAAACUUCCUCGAUAAAUGGCCUUUUGAGGAUAUGUCAUUCGAUUUCGUCAAUAUGCGUUUCGUCGCACUAGGUAUACCGGAGGUGCAGUUCUACCAUGUCCUCGACGAAGCUUUUAGAGUGCUGAGACGCGAUGGCCAUCUGGAAAUCUAUGAGCGCACGUACCAAUUCGCCGCGGGACAGGUUCCUAUCCCCCUCUCGAACCCCGAGAUGGCACAGAGAGCUCAGCGGCAGAAGAAGCACUCGCACACGGAUCUCGAGCAGGUGUAUGAGGAGGUCCUCACCGCACACACCAUCAACAGCUCCCCGCUGUCUAUCAUAGCCUCUGCGAUUGUCCUGUAUGACGGCAAGAACAUUGUACAGUCUCCUGUUAUCAGAGGUAGCUUUCCAGCUCGCUCUUUCACCCCAGAACGUAAGAUGGAUAUGCGGGAUGCGAGGCUGGAGCCCUGGAUGAAAAAGCCACAUGCUGAACACUUUAUCAAGACAGUUACGCGGGCUAUCGAGUCGCUGUCGCCGUAUGAACGUGAUUACCGUUUCAGAAUGAUACUCCAGUCGCUGUCGACGAUGGUGUCCGAAAGCGCUGACUGGCUGUGGGAUGAGUUUACCAGCAAGGUUGUCGGGAGUGAAAAUGGAAAAGUCAAUACCCACAUUCACUCCCAACCACACUCCCCCUGGUCGAGCAAGGAUAAAUUCGAUACCCAAGUUAAAGAGUGGUCGAUGGAUCUCAACAGAAGAGCAUCGGUGGAUAAAUUCCUCGAGGUGAUUUUUGGUUGGGAGGACGGAAACGAAGCCGAGUUUUGUCCAGGUGGGAGGAAGCUUGUCGGAGCUAAGACAUGGUCGAACGAGAGGAAGUUGGAGUGUGAGUCUGCGGAAGACAAGCUUGGAUCGUGGCAGAUGUGUGGAUUCAGGAUACAGAAGAGUUAA